AUGACUCCCAGCGCCCCCAAAGAUCUGCCCACGGCCACGUCGACCACGUACAAGCCGGGCGAGGAGAAGAUGCACGCACUCACCUUUCACGGCGCCCAGGACGUUCGUCUGACCGAAGUGCCCAAACCCACGAUCACGGACCCCACGGACAUCGUUAUUCGCAACACGGGCGUCACGGUCUGCGGCAGCGACCUGCACCUUUACCACAACAAGAUCCCCGACAUCAAGCCGGGCGACAUUCUCGGCCACGAAGGCGUCGGCAUAGUCGACCAGGUCGGAGCCCAGAUCACGCGCUUCCAACCGGGCGACCGCGUCGUGGCUGCGUUUUCGAUCGCGUGCGGAACCUGCAAGUACUGCAAGGACCGCAAGUUCACCAUGUGCGACCGCACCAACAAGAGCGGAAAGAUGGAACAGCUGUACGGCCAGAAGCUCGGGGGCAUCCUGGGCUACUCGCACCUGCUUGGUGGAUAUGCGGGUACGCAGGCGGAAUACUUCCGCAUGCCUUUUGGCGAUGUCAACUGCUUCCACAUUCCCGCCGAGGUGCCCGAUGAGAAGGCGCUGCUCAUGGCCGACGUGACACUCACCGCCUACCACUCGGUCGUCGACAUAUCGUUCCAGAAGGGCGAAACCGCCGCCGUCUGGGGCGCCGGCCCCAUCGGCCAGCUCAUCGCCCAGUGGCUCACUAAGGGCUUUGGCGCGAAAAAAGUCAUCCUCAUCGACCACGUCGCUGCGCGUCUCCAGUGGGCCAAGGAGCACCUCGACAUCGAGACGAUCAACUUUGACCAGACGCCCGACGUGGUCGACGAGAUCCUCAAGAAAAUCCCCGGUGGCGUGGAUGUCUCGUUUGACGCAGCGGGUUUCCGGUACGCCAAGUCGCUCAAGCACAGGGCGAUGCAGGCGGCGGGCCUCGAGACGGACACGCCUGAGACGCUGAACGAGGCGAUCAAGGCAACGCGCAAGUUUGGUCGUAUUUCUGUGAUCGCCGACUACGUGGGCGAGUGCAGCGGCUUCCUCAUCGGCGCACUGAUGGAGAAGGGCAUUAUGCUGAAGGGCAACGGUCAGGCUCCCGUGCAGGCCUACAUGGACGACGUGUUCAAGCAGUACAUCGUACCUGGCAAGUUUGACCCCUCGCUGAUCCUCACCCACCGCUUCAAGCUCGAGGAUGUCCCCAAGGCGUACAAGUCGUUUGACGAGAAGCGGGUUGAUGAGCACAACGGCAUCCCCUUCAUCAAGGCGUUUAUCGAGACCAAGGCGUCUAAGCCCAGGGCGGCGGGCACCCCCGAGCUGGGCCCCGUUCCGGGUUUCUGA